UUUUUCGCAGACUACCAGUCCACCAGGCCUGAAGCCACUCGCAGUUCUGCGUGGAAUUUGUGUCAAUACAUUUGACACUGAGCAGAAUGCUCGGGUAGUUCAGUCUGGCCGAAUCUCGCUUAUUUACAUGUCUGACUGCUCUGCAUUUACGUCACCACCAAGGACUCUACCUGCAUCCAGAAUCAUUAGAGCGACUUCUUUUGCGCCUGACAGGAUCACAUGCCGACCAACAGCCAAGUAUAGGCUAUAAAGGCUCGGAAAAGGCGAAGAGUUGCCGUUGACUCAGUCCCAACCCUUGCCACUCAGUCAACCUCGACGUAGCGCUUGGGCCACGCCACUGGCAACUGUGCAGUCCACAAGAAAUACGGCCAGGGCCAAGACAGUUGAGUGCAAGCAUCCGUCCGCACGAGUGUGAGGCCGGCUCAGGCAGAAGAACGAGACACAGUUCGGGGAAUAACGUGUGUCAAACCUGGGAACAUUGGGCAUCAACAUAGUCACCUCCAGGGCUCCAAUCUUCUCACUCCCAUCGGUGUCUUGCUACGCAGAAACCAUACACCAGCUCGGGAAGGUCAUAAGGGCCCAUCUAACUCCUUUCUUUUGAGGCCAAAACCAAUACCUCCCAGGCCAAAUCUCAUCAAGAUGAUCGCGCUCGGCCUAGAAGGCUCCGCCAACAAAUUGGGCGUGGGCAUAAUCCUGCACUCCAAGGACAAACGCAACCCGGUGCAAAUCCUGUCGAACAUUCGGCACACUUAUCAUGCUCCUCCCGGCGCGGGCUUCUUGCCCAAGGACACCGCCUUACACCAUCGCAGCCACGUCACGUCCCUCGUCUCCAGCGCCCUCCGCGAGACGAACCUCACACCGGCGGAUAUUGACUGCAUAUGUUACACCAAAGGGCCCGGGAUGGGUGCUCCAUUGCAAUCCGUCGCGCUGGCCGCGCGCACGUUGUCCCUCCUCUGGAACAAGCCCCUGGUGGGAGUGAACCACUGUAUCGGGCACAUAGAAAUGGGUCGCUCGAUCACGGGCGCCACGAACCCGGUCGUCCUCUACGUGUCGGGCGGAAACACCCAGGUAAUAGCCUACACGUCGAACCGGUACCGCAUCUUCGGCGAAACGCUCGACAUCGCCGUGGGGAACUGCCUGGACCGGUUUGCGCGCACGCUGAACAUCCCCAACGAUCCGGCGCCCGGGUAUAACAUCGAGCAACUCGCCAAAACCGGCAAAGUCUUAGUCGAUUUGCCCUACGCGGUCAAGGGGAUGGACUGCUCAUUCUCCGGAAUACUGGCCCGCGUCGACGAGUUGGCAGGCCAGAUGAAGAAUGGCACGCUGAAAGAUCCAAACACUGGGAACACGGUUACAGCAGAAGAUCUCUGCUUUUCGCUCCAAGAAACUGUCUUCGCCAUGCUGGUCGAAAUCACCGAACGAGCCAUGGCACAUGUCGGCUCAAACCAGGUCCUCAUAGUUGGAGGAGUAGGAUGCAAUGAACGCCUUCAAGAGAUGAUGGGCAUAAUGGCGAGGAGUAGAGGAGGGAACGUAUAUGCGACGGAUGAGAGAUUCUGCAUUGACAAUGGGAUUAUGAUUGCGCACGCGGGAUUACUCGCAUAUCAGACCGGUUUUACGACGAUGCUGGAGGACAGCACCUGCACGCAACGAUUUCGAACCGAUGAUGUGUUUGUUUCAUGGAGGGAUGAUUGAAUCUUUUUGUCGACUUGAAUGAACCCAAACACGAUUCUAUAUGAUGAUGAAUCUGACAUGUCUUUUGAGUGGAGAGAAAGCCGUGGGAUGUCUGCUCUCUAUCGCACGAACUCGUUGAGUGACCACUCCGUAACACCAUCCCAAUUAGUGGUCGUGAGUUCAUCAACAUCCAGCAAUUUUAUGAACACCAACCCACAGUCGCCAAGUCAUAACGGGUAGAGCAGCCAGUCCAAUCCCUCAUUCAGCAGUUUGCGCCUUUGGAACAGGCUUGAAGGAGAUCGUAGUCACAUACUAGGGGUUGUCAGCAUCCAUGUAAACACGCGG